AUGGCGGCGAUUUGCAAUUGGCACAGUUGCGGAGUUGACUUCUACGGAGGUGAUUUCGCCAACCAGUACGCAGCAAAUCUCCAAGCUUGCACGCAAGCUUGCGCAGGCGAUGCGCAGUGCGUGGCCGCUUCGUUCGUUGGUGGCAAACGUGAUGGUACCUGCUAUCUCAAGAGCACAAAGAACGGUGGUUCUUCGAAUGACGGUGUUGAUGCCGAGCAGUUCGUCAACGAGUUCGACCCCGUCGCCCUCUUCGAUUGUUGA